AAUGCCUUUUUAAAAGAGGCCAUCUGGGAAAUAUAUCACUCAAAAUUCAGAGGCUCUGUCUUGAUAGGCCUCAGCAGUGCUUAGUGAAUAACCCAUCCCUGUGGUUUUCCUUCCUUCUUAGUUGAGGACAGACAAUGAAUGGUCUCUGUAUUCAGCAGGGCUCAGCUGGGUCGUGACUAUUAUGCCAUUGUGCUCACUGGGAAGAGCUGCUGGGUCUGAGGAGCUGUGGAUCCUGGCCUUCCCUGACAUUGUCAAUCUCUUCUCAGCCCCACCAGCCCAUUGGGAGAAAAGUUGCUGUUCAGUCCACCAAGGCUUGUGCCACCUGGGGAGGGGAGGAUGAAAGAUAAAAUGAAAAAACAUUGAAAGGGUGUCUAAAUCUGCUGCAGCCACAAACUUCCUUCUCUGUGAGAGGUGGCUAUGUCUGAAGUGUUUUUCUGAUGCCUAGAAUUAUUUAAAUGUUGACUUUUCAGAAACCCAGGCAUUCUACUUAGUUCCUUAAGCUGUCUAGGUGGAGAAAAUAACCAGCUUCAAUAUAACAGGAUCCAUUUGCAGAGGAGGUUCUCCCCUUCCCUAAAAAACAAACUGAUAGGUGCUGAUGAACCUGGGUAUUCAGCAGAGUUUCAGUGACCAUUUGGACUUUCACAGAGAUGGCAGCAGAGGCAUCGACAUCGAAAGCUACUGAGCUUUGGUAUUGUCAUCCGGUAUACGCAAGAUAUUGGCAGCAUUACCAUCAAGCAAUGGCUUGGAUGCGAAGCCACCAGAAUGCCUACAGGAAGGCCGUGGAAUCCUAUUUCAGUUUCCCAUGGUACUUCCCUUCUGCAGGUUUUCCCCAAAGCUCUUAUGACAAUGAGGGUGGAUAUCCACAGUCAUUCUAUGACCAUCAUGUGGCCUGGCAGGACUCCUACUACAGUUAUACACCCAACAGAAGUUCUGGACAGCCUCCAUGUGACAGUAGGAGCCAGACACCUACAAGAGAAGAUCAAGCAUUGUUUGAAGAGGAAGAGAUGGAGUCGGAGUCAGACGAGGAGGUAGAAUGUGACCUGAGCAAUAUGGAAAUCACCGACGAGCUCCGCCAGUACUUUGCACAGACAGAGAGACACAGAGAAGAGCGAAGGCGGCAGCAGCAGCUGGACGCAGAGCGCCUAGAUGACUACGUGAAUGCUGAUCAUGGCCUGUACUGCAACAUCCGGCGCUCGGUGGAGCCCCCAAGUGAGAGGCCUGGAGAGCGGCGCCAGGCCGAGAUGAAGCGCUUAUAUGGAGAGAGCGCUGCCAAGAUCCAGGCCAUGGAGGCCGCUGUGCAACUGAGCUUCGACAAACAUUGCGACAGGAAGCAGCCCAAGUACUGGCCUGUCAUUCCCCUCAAGUUCUGAAUCCUGGGCACGGGGCCCCCAGGGAAUGCUCCCUAAAGACAGUCCCCAGCCUCACCCUUUCCCUCUCGGACGCACUCCCAUCAUCUCUCUUCUAUACAAUUCUCAGGGAAAGAGGCCUCUAUACCGAGAUACAGCAUGGUCACCAAAAUCCUGGUGGACCAUCAGAAGGAGGAUGUAAUGUCAGCCACUUGAAAGUAAGCAGGAUGUAUACUAUUGCCAACAUGAAGUAUCUUCUCUCACAAUGAUCAUUUUGAGCCAGGCUUAGUGAGUAGUACACGCCUCUAAUCCCAGCAGCUCAGGAGGCUGAAGCAGGAGGAUCAGGAGUACAAAUCCAGCCUCAGCAACUUAGCGAGGUCCUGAGCAACUCAGCAAGACCCUGUGUCUAAAUUUAAAAAUAUGAGCUGGGGAUGUGGCUCAGUGGUUAAAUGCCUCUGGGUUCAAUCCCUGGUUUAAAAAAAAUCAUCAUUCCACUCAUUUUUAAUGUCAAUAAUAGUGUUCAGUGCAUUAAAAAUUCUUGCCUAGUGAUAACUGCCUACCAUUUUGCCUUCUUACGUUUUCUUUUAACCUGCCUGAACUUCACAAAUGCUUUAAAUAAGCCAGAAGUUCUCUCCUAAUGCAGUUCCUCUAAUCCUUGCUGAAACUGAUGUGAAUGUGCAAUGAGACAAAUACCACCUCUUUCUAUGCAGGAGUCAGCCUGCUUGUUCUGUAAAGGGCCAAAGAAUAAAUACUCUUGGCUUUGCAGGCCACAUAGUCUGCAUUGUGACUAUUCAUCUCUGCCCUUAUAGUGUGAAAGCAGCUAUACAUGGUACAUAAACAAAUAGAUUUGGCUGUGUUCCAAUAAAGCUUUAUUUAUAAAAGCAGGCUGAGGGCUAGGUUUGGUCUGCAGGUGGUAGUUUGCCAACUGCUACUCUACUGGAAUGAAAAUCACCUGACAUUAUUGUUAAUCUUGUUUUCUCUGCAGAGCUUGAAAGUCAUAUAGAUUUGAGAGCAAAGAACAGUAAUUCCCCAACCUGCUCACUUCUGCAGCGUCUUCUGUUGUAGAAAAUGCACAAUUAAGCUCUUACUAUAUAUAGCAAAUAUUGCUUUGAUAAGGGAAUACAUUUCUGAGAAUGAAAAUCUAAAAGUUGAUGGAACAGUCCAUUUAUAAUAGCCACCUGCCUUUUAAAUAAGUUAUUACAGUGCCUUGCCAGGGUGAGCCCGGCUUGACCUGAGAAGAUUAGCACAUCCAUCAAAGGUUGGUGAAAAGAUUUAGUAUUGACAUGUUUCUCCCCAAGAACGCUAAGCUUCACAUUCCACCCCUGCCCCGAGACAAAUGCAUUACUUUCAUCAGCCUCGGGUGCUUAUUUUUCCAAGCUCUCAUUACUGGAGUCGCGAUUUGUGCUUAGGUACUACAGAUGAAAAUCAGAAUUCACUUGCCCCUGAGGUGACACAUGACUAAAAUUUCAAAGCUUUA